GAGAGAGAGAGAGGGGAUCUGCUGUACUGAGGGAAAGAGUGGAAUUCCCAUUUCUUUCUAUAGAGGAUCAUGACAAAGGUGUCUUGAGAAGAGUGAAACUCCAUAUGCUGCAGGGAAAUCCACAAAUUCCUCCGUAAAGGAUUUAUUACCUAACAUGGACUCUAUGUGAAAAAACAACAACAACAACCCUUCACAUUUGGGAUUUACCACUUUUGAUUUGGAUUGUAACACUUUUCCUAGACUGGUUGUGGAGUCAUGGAAGGUCUCGAAGCACUGAGUGAAAUUUCUUUGCUGACCGUUUCCACCGAGUGGUAGUGACCCCAGCAUGUAGCAGAGGUGAACAAGUAGCUUCACGCUUGGGAACAAUCUGACAACAUAAUGGGGAACUCAUAUGCCGGGCAGCUGAAGUCUGCUCGAUUUGAAGAGGUUCUCCAUAACUCUAUCGAGGCGUCGUUGCGUUCGAGCAGCGGAGAUCCACAGCCCAUCUUCACUCAGCUCUACCUCGAGCCAGAGCCUUUUCCCGGAAAUAUGGAAGCAGACAUAAAGCCCAAAGCCGAAUUCCAUGCCGUGGAGCCACCGGGUCAUGAGCUCAUGAACGGCCACUCUUCCAACGAUCUGGAGGAGCUGGAAGAUGACGAUGACUCCGACAGCAGCAGCCCUCCACUCCCCUACCUACAGGCUCCUGUACCUGACGGCUGCUGCACACUGGACGGAUUCUGUCAGGCGGGUAAGGACCUCCGCCUGGACUCCAUGACAACAGAGCUCAUCGAAGUCCCAGCAGGCUUCGAGCUGGUGGGUGCAAAGUCCCCCAGUGUCCCCGAGCACAUCCUGGCGUGUGCUGUGGAUCGACGCUUUUUGCCUGACGAGAACGGGAAAAAUGCACUUUUAGGUUUUUCGGGAAACUGUGUGGGCUGCGGUGAGAAGGGUUUUAGAUACUUCACCGAGUUUUCGAACCACAUCAACCUGAAGUUAUCCACCCAGCCCAAGAAGCAGAAGCACUUAAAAUACUACCUGCUGAAAAAUUCACAGGGUGCUCUGUGCCAAGGACCCCUCAUCUGCUGGAAAGACUGUAAAUCCCGACAGUUCUCCAGCAAUGCGUCCACCUCCAAGCCCAGCUCGUCCUCCUCUCUCAGCAGUAAAGAGAACUGUGGCACCAGUGGACAAAGCUCCUCUCCAUUUUCCCUCUCAGAUUCUCCGCCCACCGCCAGAACGACGCAGGCAUCUUCUGUCUUUUUUGGGAGUCAGGACAUGAGCAGAGAGUGCAGUUUUAUCAAACCUUUGACUUCCACACCUGGAAACAAGACUCUGCCAAUAGUUCCCACAGCUCUGAGGGUGAACGGGCCGACGAAUGGUCUGAGCGUUGAUGCGCGUCCUCCUUCACUGAGUCCCUCUCAGGUUGCCAUAGCGCCUCCAGGUCGGGGCUAUCGCUCAUCCGAUUUAGGAGACAGUCCAUUGGCUUCUGCCAUGACCUCGGGCCCGCCAAAGAAGCGCCACCGGAGCUGGCAUCCCAACACGUUGGUGCCGGUUCCACCCACAGCUGUACCUGUUCCCGCCAUCCGACCCAUUGUCUGUCCCCCAGGGUCGGUGUUAGCAGUGACUUCUCCUCCGCCACAGGUAGCCGGAGUCAUUCAGCCGCAGCCCAUCACUGCUGGAGAAACAGUCAUAGUUCCUGACAACCUGCUUACCUCAGCGGGUGUUCGGCCCGUCAUCCUCAUCGGGCAUGGCACUUUACCUUAUUUCUAUGGAAACGUUGGGGACAUAGUGGUGAGCCCCCUGCUGGUCAACUGCUAUAAGACCAGCCAGCUGACAGAGAAAAACCUGGAGACUUUGGGCCUCAACAGAAAUCAACUUCUCAGCGUGGAAACAAUGAUCCUGCUCACUCUUCAGUAUCUUGCACGUUUAGGUUCUGACCAGAUUCCACUGAGGGAGGAGCUGGAGCAGAUCGUUCUGAAGGCCAUGCUGUGCUGUCCUGGUGGUCCCGCCAUCUCCCUGACCCAGCUGCCGUGGCUGGCUCGGCUGGAAGCCAGCGUCUCCGGGGGCAGCGUCCAAGUCGUGGUUACCCAUAACUCUUUGGGAGAGGGCAUUUCUGAGUCGCUGCGUACGCUCAGUGAGGGUCCUCGCCACCAGCAGUGCCUGCCCACCUAUGUGGUCAUCAUAUGCGCCUCGAAAAUGAGCAGCAGCGAGUUCUGCGUGCUUGUUUUGGGAAAGUACCAAGCACGGGCCUUAGCUGAAGGAAUGCUGACGACCAACGAGUUUCUGAAGGAAAUCAGCUACGAGCUCAUCACGGGGAAAGUCACCAUCUUGGCAUCUCACUUUAAAACAACCUCACUAGGGGACAAUCUGGACAAGCAGCUGGUGCGAUACCAGCGCCGGCGGAGGGGCCAGGUCAUCCAGCCCUUUCAGGGGGAUGUCACUGACCACAUCCACUCCCAGGAGGCUGCCAGCAUGUCACCACCCUCACACAGAGAGCUCUUAACGAAGGUAUUCCAGAUCCAUCCCACCCAGCUGAGAGUGGCUCGCAGCCUCCUCUCUCAAGUCUGCUCCAUCGCAGACUCUGGGACCCAGAACCUCGACUUGGGUCGCUUUUGUAAAGUGGACUUUCUCGUGUUGGUCCCGCCCUCUCACGUACUGGUGCACCAGACGGCGCAGCGCAUACGACAAUCAGGAGUGCUCGUGGACCUGGGAAUUGAGGACGUCUGCUCAGCUCACCAGAAACCGGAUAAGUACGUGGUGCGUCUGGACAACGACGUUCACGCCAAGAUGGAGGCUUUCAUGAGGAAAGUCAAACAGAAUCCCUACACUCUGUUCAUCCUCAUUCACGACAACUCACAUGUCGACCUCACAAGUGCUCUGUCUGGCUCUGUGUGCCAUGGCGAGCUGCAGGGUCUGGCUGACCGAGUGGUGAACUGCCAGGAAGUCCUAGAUGCCAUGAACCUGCUGGUCCUGCAGGUCAGCUGCUUCCCAUACACACUGCAGACGCGCCAAUCGCGCAUCAGCGUCCACAACGAGGUUUACUGGCCCUCCAACAACGGUCUGCAGGGGGAGCAGUCUCCUAAGGAACUGGUCUACUUUGGCCUGAGGGACUACAGCAGCUCCCUGCAGUGGGGCAUGGCCAGCCCCAUACUGCGAUGUGAUGAUGCAUUUGAGAAGAUGGUCCACACUCUGCUGGACAGACAUCCACACCUACACAGCAUGGUCAUCCGCAGCUACCUGCUGAUUCAGCAGUACACUGAGGCCAUGAUGGCCUUGACCUCUUCCCCGUCCCUGAGGGACCACAUUACCCCGGAGACUCUGGCCAUGGUGGAGGACCUGAUCAAUGCCCCGAGCAGAGAGGGCUCCCAGGGCCGGGGCCACAUGCUGCUGGUCCGCGUCCCCUCGCUGCAGCUCGCCAUGCUGGCCAGGGAGCGACUGGAGGACGUGAGGGACAAACUGGGCCUGCAGCUGUGCUUUGCUGUUCUGCUGGGAAGUCCCGCCUCCGAACUCAACCUGCACAGAAACUUCAUCAGUCGCCUCAGGGCGUGGCGAGGCUGUGACAAUGAAGACUGGGUACCGCACACGUAUGAGGAUCUGGAGGGGCUGCCCUGCAUCGUCAUCCUCACCGGGAAAGAUCCUCUCGGAGAGACUUUUCCCAGGUCUCUCAAAUACAGCGACUUACGUCUGAUCGACUCCAGCUACUUGACUCGCACAGCUCUGGAGCAGGAGGUGGGUCUGGCCUGCACCUACGUGUCCAUGGAUGUCGUACAGGAGCCCAAGAGGGCCAUGGCCACACGGGAACCAGACCCAGAGAAGACGGCCAGCAGCAUGAACAAUGGCGACGAGCUGGAAAGACCUCAGAGCAAUGGCAGCGCGGCAACCAGAACUUCUAGUUCUAUGGCAGAGAAUGGAGUCAGUUCAUCUGAUGUUGCAGACUCUUUCCAGAAGCCCUCCACUUCCUCCUGCUUCCCCGAAGGUGCCGCCAUCUCAGACAUGGCAACGAUGACACAUGCGUUCAAGCAAGAGUGUGAUUCCUUGGGAAGCCAGUUCACCACCAACACCCCCAAAGCCUCCAAGGCCCCUCCUUCCCUCUACUCCAGCUCCUCGUCCUCCUCCCCUUCCCCGUCGUCCUCCUCCACCCAGAGACCCAGCCAGUCCACGCAGUGCAGUCGAGACCACAAACCUGCUCGAGUGUCACCACGGACAGUCAUCCUGUCCAGAGCGGCAUACAACCUGUUGGCGGGGGAGUCGGGGAGUCAGCUGAGCUCCUUCUCCCUGCUGCCGCACGCAGAUGUGUCCUGGAGCAGCCCGCUGAGGCCUCUCAUCACCCACAACCUGCACGGGGCAGAGCAGAGCACGCACUACCGCCAGUGGACCAUCGCCAAACAGCAUCAUGCUGAUUAUGAAGCGCCAUCUGUGCAGCAUCCACGGCGCUUGCUACUCAGCGGACCGCCACAGGUUGGCAAAACGGGUGCCUACCUGGAGUUUCUCCGCAUCAUGUUUCGAAUGCUCAUCCGGCUGUUGGAGGUCGAUGUGUAUGACGAGGAAGAGGAAGAGGAGGAAACGCCCGAAGUUACAACUCCAGAAAAUAGCCACCAAUGGCCCGACAUUGAGGAGAUUCAAAAGCUGCCCUUUGACCCUUACCCCCGAGACCCUAAGUUCAAGAAGGCCAGCCCUGUUUUCUCUGAUAAGAUGCCAAAGGUCUUCAAAGACUUCAAUCACGAAGGAGAGAGCCAUGCUGCAGCUAAUCGACAGACCAAGUCAAUACGUCUGAGCAGGUUCGCCGCGCACAACGCCUUUCAUCACUGUGAACAGUGUCACCACUACUGUGAAGCCGGCCCUGCCCCGCAGCUGUCGGAGUGCACCUUUCAUGCUUUCACCUUCUGCUCGUCCAUGCUGGGCGAAGAGGUCCAGCUCCAGUUCGUCAUUCCCAAAGCCAAAGAGCAGCACUUUGUCUUCAGCCAGCAGGGCAGCCACCUCGAGAGCAUGCGCCUGCCUUUGGUCACCAACAAGGAUCCGGAUUUAUUGAAGAGUCCGAUCUUCACCCCAACUACGGGACACCAAGAGCAAGGACUGCUCAACAUAUUUCACGCCACGGAGGGCGCGUAUCACGUGCACAUCCUGGUGGUGAAACAAUGCGAGAUGCCCCUCUACAGGAAGUACUGGCCCAACCACAUCCUCCUCGUCCUGCCGGCCAUGUUCAACAGUGCUGGAGUUGGUGCCGCGCGAUUCAUGAUCAAAGAGCUGUCGUAUCAUAACCUGGAGCUAGAGAGGAACCGACUGGAGGAGCAGGGUGUCAAGCGGCAAGACGUGUGGCCGUUCAUCAUCAUGAUGGACGACUCCUGUGUCCUGUGGAACCUCCAACAAUCAGCAGACAGCAGCGAGACAUCAGAUGGAAUUUCCACCCUAAUCAACGUGUCUCUGAAGACAGUGCUGCAGCACAUGGAGUCCACGCCGAAGAUCUCUCUCUACGCUAUGUGCGGCACACGCAAGUGGAGCAGCGGCCUGAGCCGCCGCUCUCCCAGCAACCCCUUCAGUCGGUGUCAUCUCCACGACUUUGUCAUGCUUAACGUGGACCUAACUCAAAAUGUUCAGUAUGACCUAAAUCGGUACAGCUGUGAAGAGGUGGACUUCAACCUGAGGGUGAACAGCAGUGGGCUUCUGCUGUGUCGCCUCAACUACUUCAGUCUGAUGAAGAAACACAUUCCAGCAGGAAACAACGACUUCCUGGUCAAACCUAAACUCAUGGAAAUGGAAAACCCGGCUCCAAUCAGCCCGUCCCAGUAUGUCUGUGCCCCAGACAGCGAGCAAACCCUCCUCGAUGCCCCGGCCCAGUUCCUGCUGGAAAGGUUCCUGCAGAGCUGCAGCCACAGAUUAUUUCCCAAGGCUGUUCAAAACAGAAACAACCCUGUUCUGUCCAUCGACAGCUACCUCAACAUCAGCCCAGAGAUCUCUGUGUGCUACUUCAACUCUCGUCCACACUCCACCAACCUGAGCCAUCAGGGCCUGGUGUUCAGCGGCCUCCUGCUGUACCUCUGCGACUCCUUCGUCGUCCCGGGACUCCUCAGGAAAUUCCGCUUCCUCAAAGGUGCCACCCUCUGUGUGAUCUGCCAAGACCGAAGUUCCCUGCGUCAGACCAUAGUCCGACUAGAGCUGGAGGACGAGUGGCAGUUCCGGCUGCGGGACGAGUUUCAGACGGCCAACUGCAGCGAGGACCGACCCCUCUACUUUCUGACCGGCCGCCACGUUUGAACCCCGUCACCGCAGUUGGGGGAGGGUCCGCCGCUCCGCUGCAGAAGCACAAUCAGAAACGAGGAAAGAUUUGAUUCCAGACCAGCCAGCUAUCGGGAUUCUUGAGGUCAGAGAGGACAUGUUGGAGCACAAGACUUGAAGUUGAAGACACAUGUGGCUUGUCUUCACCUUGUCUUCACCACAGUGCUCUAUGCCUGGCUCUGCACAGGGACAGUACAUGUUUUUAACCCUUGCUCAUAGCCAAGCCUGCGCUCCACCGAAGAAGACUUUGCUGUGUGGGAAAACUGACACUCUUCGAUGGAUAACGUGACUAUUUGAAGAUUGUAUGUGUACAUGUAGUGUGACUACAGUGUGUCCCAGCCAGGACAUGAAGUCUGUGUUUAUCUCAGGGUUUUUAAGGGAGAUUACAAGGUGGUUGCUUAAAGGGGGUCAAGCCUGUCUCCCUGUUUACUGUGUAUUUUUGUCAUUACCAUAUGUCGGCACCAAAGAAGUCCUCGGCUGCACCUUGCUUUUUCCCUCCACUUUUCCUUUCUCACCUACUCUAACUCUCAGAUUCCAUGAAGUUCAUCACCUAUAUAAUUCAACUCCUUUCAUAAAAAAUGUAAAGGUUGGCCCGUGUUUGGAUCUCUAUCGCGUUUAGGAUCGAGUUCUACUUAAAACAUUGGUGGCAUUCUAAACAUUGGAUGUCUUAUUAAGGCCUGCACACUUAAACUGCAAAUUGGGAGUCUAUUCCUCUUGUGCCUCUAAGGUAUUUAUGUGGCAUUGAUAAUCCGUCUGACAAGAAGUGAGUGUGAUAAUAGUUUCCAGAUGUCGUUCACAUUAAUUUAACCAAAGAAAAUGUUCACAGCUAAAGGAAAGGACAUGUGUGUCAAACUCAUCGGCUCAUGUUUAAUGCCAAUCAGAUGCACGUGAAAAAUGAAAGUGUAUUAGUAAUUAGAUAUAUAUUGUAAUAAGGCAUUCACUGACUUAAAUACAAGACAUUUUCAUCGUAAUCGCAUAAAGUCAAGGACUCCUCUUCACAGUUCACUGCCUAAUAACCUGCGACUGUGCCUGUGAUCUGAGGAUGAUUAUACAUCGAAGAUCUUGGCUGUAUCUUAAAACUAUUUCCCCCCUCCAGUUUGAAAAACAAACUGUAAUCAUAAGCAGCCGAGAAGGUCAAUUUAUAUACUUGAAAGUUGAAUGUUUUUUUAUAUUUUCUGCACAGGGUUGUCCAAAGAAUAUGCCUUAAGUGACGCUUCAUACAAGUCACUGCUCAAGUCAUGCAUCUUUUCGGACCUAUAUGAGAAUAAAGAAUCCAGUCGACUGUGAGAGGGAGAAGUAUUGUGUGUCAGAGUAAAACAUGAUGAAAGUUUGGAUGUCAGACUUCUGUACUGUUUAAAGCUUUGUUUACAUUAUUAAUAUAUUGUAUUGUCCCUUCACCACUGAGGGUUACUGAUGUUUUGUGUAACUUUUGCCAGUAUUUUCUUUUCGGUCAAAUGUUUUUCUGCAUUUUGUGUUAUGUUGCAAAAGCAAGAAGAAUCUACCUAGAUGUGUCCUUAAUAACAUGUCUCUGUCCCGCGCUGUGCUUGCGUUGGACUUUUAUUGAAAAUGAAAAUCUAGACCAUGAGGGGAUUUCUAUUUAUUUGACAAAUAUUUUUUUGGGACUGAUAAUCAUAUUGAAGUGUAUAUUUGAUUUGCAUGCUGAGCUCACUUAAACUAAGGGCGUGCGUCCUCUUCAAAAACCAUCCGUGAAGGCUUUUGCACGAGACCCAGGCGACGCUUAAUUCAACUGAAUGUCUUGGAGGUAGAAAUGUGAACUCGCACUGUACAAGUUGCCAAAAGAAAAACAAGAAUCCAUACAAGCAAAUCAAUUCAAUUAAUUUCUCCAAUCACUCAGAAUUGGUCCCAAGUAUGAGACUGGUGUUAAAAAAGAAAGAAAAAAAAAACUGCGGUGGUCCAUAGAAUGUGUCUUUGUUUUUUGAUAAUUUAACUCUUAAUAUGCAACUUGCUCUCACAAUCUUCACUGAAGUGUGCUUGAUAACCAUGUGCAGCCCAUUAGUAGCUUUGGUGUUUGGGUGAUCUACCUCAUGUUGACCAUUGUUGUUGUGGGUUGUGAACAUUAUGACAUAAGAGCCAUGCCACAGUUGUUGGAAAAUUUAUAAAUGUAAUAAAAUAACUUCUAAAUUC